AUGACAAAAGCGACAGAAAGAAAAGCUUUUAGUGUUUUUAUUUCUUUUUUUUCUCUCUUUUUCUUUAAUUUCUUUAUUUUUCCUUCUUUAUUUCAUUCGGCCUUUUUUCUACCAUGUUCUCGAUUUUGCAUUUUCUUUCUUUCUUUUUUAUUUACUGUUUCUUAUUAUUCUCGUUCGCACUUUUUCACUUCUCUUUCGUUUAUUUUCUUCUUUUUUUUUUUAAUUUACAUUUCAUUUUUACAUUUUUAUUCAUAUUUAUUUAUACUUAUUCUCCUUCAAUUUCGUUUCGUCGUUUUCCUUUUUUCUUCACUGUCUUAUUUUGCUUGUAUUUCUUUUUCUAUUCACCUUCUUUGCUUUUGUUUUGUUUUUUGUUCUUUUUUUUUUUGGUUUUGUUUUGUUUUUUUGUUGGUUUGUUUUUGGGGUUUUUUUUUUUGUUUCUGGACAACUUUUUCCUUUAUUAAUUUACUUAUAUAUAUAUUUUUUAAUUCUUUCUUUCUUGUUUUGCUUUCUUUCUUUCUUUAUUUCUUUUUUCUUUCUUUACCAUUUUUAUUUUAUUUUGUGGCUUUUCAUUCCCGGUUCUUUCUUCUUUCUUUCUUUCUUUUUAAUUCCUUUUCUUUUUUUCCUUCUGCUUCCCUUUUUCAUCCUUGUUAUUCCUUUUCUUUUCUUUUUUUUUUUCUUGCUUCUUCUUCUUCUGAUUUUCUCGUUCUCUGCUUUCAUUCUUUCAUUUCGUUCUCUUUUAUUCUUCCUCAUACUCGUUUUCAUAGAUUUCUUCAGAUAUUUCUGCCUUUUUCUUUUCUCUUUACUCUUUUCAUGUCACUCUCACUUAUUAUUUUCUUUUUCUUCUUCUUUUUCUUCGUUAAUAUCAACCUUCAUCUACCUUUAUUUCAUUGUUCUCUUAUACUUGCAUUCUUUCUUUCUUUCUUUCUUUCUUUCUUUCUUUCUUUCUUUCUUAUUUGCCAAACAGUUUUGUCCAUGUAUUUUUUAGCCCCCUUGCCUAGUUUCUCUUUCAUUUUAUUUUUAUUUUCUCUUCGUCAAUUUCUCACUUAUUUUCUUCUUUUUUUAUCUGAUUCCGUUUUUCUUCUUUCUUUCUUUCUUUCUUUCUUUCUUUCUUUCUUUCUUUCUUUCUUUCCGUUUAGUUUUUUCAGACUUCUUCCUUUUUUUCUCCCUCUCUUUUUCUUUCUCUCUUUCACCCUCGCUUUCACCCUUUCUUUCUUUGUCCCUUUCUUUCUCUUUUCCUUUCUUUUCCUUUCUUCCUCUCUUUCACCCUUUCUUUCUUUGUUUCUUUCUUUUUUCAAUUUUUUCUUUCUUUCUUUCCUUCUUUCUUUCUUUCUCCCUCUCUUUCUUUCUUUCUUUCUUUCUUAUUUCAAUUAUUAUUAUUUGCUAAAUUCAUCUAUAUACUCCUAA